CGAGUUAACCACUGACACGAUGGUUGUUGUAGACGAUAAAGGAACUACUAUCAUCAUGUUCCUGCUGAUAAUAUUUUCUAAAAGUGAAUCAGCUAUGUUUGAUACAUCAUAUAUGUUCGGCAAGUUGUGUUAUUAUCAUUCUAUCAAUAUUACAUCGUCUGACUACGCUUCGGCAUUGGAAUGCGCUGUAUCCUGUUCGGAAAAAUCUGGUUGUGGAAUAUUGCAGUUUUGUGUAUCGGAAACGAUACGGAAUUGUGCUCUUCUAAAUUCAUACGCUCCACAGAAUGAUUCGAGCUGUUUGAAUUCUACCUCUCCAACAACCUGGAUGUGUAAAUAUUACGCCAAGAUCCAAUCACCGACAAAUGUCACACUCACAACGGCUAUAACAACUUCUCCAUCAACACAAACAUCGGUGACGGAGAGCUAUGGACAAUCAACACCACAUAACGAAACCAUCAACACCACAGAUCAAAGCCAGGCACCAACUGUGGCAAGCUCAACCAUAAAUGCAAAUACGGCAACAACAUUACGUAGCAGUUCCACACAAGAUAGCAGCAGUGAAGACGAUUAAAGUAAUUGUUUACGAUAAAUCCAAUCCAUGAAUUGCAUAGUUGUAUGUGUCUAUAUAAUAGCUAUGUUAAAGUGAGGUUCAAUGGAUCCCGUAACGCAUACUGCGACUUCUGCCACAUUGUAAUGCACGUGUUUUAUUCUGAUACUAAGACGCAUUAACAUAUAUGUAUGAUGUCAUAUAAAUGGACUCAUUACGUCGUGUGUGCUAACAUGUUUUCAUACAUACCGACUAGGGACAUGUUACAGUCAUAAAUAAUGGCGUUUGCAUUACAACUCACAGCUGUCUUGUUUGUUCAUGACAAUGAUAAUGAAACCAUGCUGUCAUUGUCAAAGUUAUGAGUGAGUAAAUCAAAUGCCUCGUGUACAUGUUUAAUGAUUAACGAACUUUACACAAACAUUUGUCAGUAAAUGUUUUAUGGUAAAAAAUCAAGAUAUACCAUUAUGCGAAGCAUUGUCACUAUAUAGUCUGAGAGCUGUGUCGUUGAUGUGCGUUUAAAAACCAUGCAUCACGUGAUACAAUUUUCAGCAUAGCUAUACAUCACAGACCGGAACUAUAAUGGUUCCAAUGUAAAAAGAAGAACAUUGUUAUAAAAUAAAUUCCAACUAAGAAUUAUUUUGUCUACAUUAAGUAUUAUGAAAACAUGCACGUGUACAUAAUAUUGAUGAUAAAGUCUGAAGCAAAAUAAGUGUUCAUCAAAUUUUCAAUGUAUUAUUUUGUUUGCCAAGCAGCACGCGACCACAUUCCAGCUGUACGAACUAUUGACCAAUAUCUUGUUGACUGUCGGUAAGGCGGGAAUAAUCAAUUUU